AUGGCGGAUCUGAGGGAGAAGAAGAUGGAGCAGAGAAUGAGCGGCAGUUUUUUUCCUUCUCUUUUUUCUUUUGGAAUUUUGGAAAUUGCGCCUAAAUUGACAAGAAAGGGUAAAAGACUUCUGCAGUUGUGUAUUGGGCUGUUUUCCGUAGCUUUGCUCAAGUUCACAUCUCAAUAUGCACAAGCACAAAUCCCUCAGAGUCUCGGCAUCUUGGGUGGCAAACCAGGUGCCUCAACGUACAUAGUUGGUGUUCAAGACGGUAAAGGCUUCUACCUGGAUCCACAUGAAGAUCAUCAGGUAGUUUUAGUCAGCAAAGAAACUCCGGAUGUCGACACGUCAUCUUACCAUUGCAAUCUCCUUCGGUAUCUGCCCCUUGAGUCGCUCGACCCAUCUCUGGCUCUCGGAUUCUAUUGCCAGGACAAAGGUUCAAUUCUCUUAAAACAAUGUCGUUUCCUUGUCUUAUCCUCAAACCUGCCUUCAACAGAUGACUUGGACAACUUGUGUCUCGGAGCUUCAGAACUAGCCAUGGGAUCGAAUGGAGCGCCUUUGCUCACUGUGAUCCAAACCCGUGACCCGACAAGCCACACCAGCAUCCUGACUAGCGACCGUAACGGCACAGUGGCGAGUACUGAGAGCUCAGGGGAUGAAAAUGAAGCUCAGGAGAUGGAAAUGAAGGUGAUGACUGGCAAUUGCUUUGAACAUAAAACAUCAAACCUUAUAUUUAUAUACAUAUAUGUUGUAGCUCCAUUUGAUAAUUGGUUUCUUAUCAACAUUUUGCAUCUCUUUAGCACCAUUUUUUUUGUUAUUUAUUUAUUCUUGAAAUUUGUCUGUCGUUUCUCCAAAGUGUUGGUGUAA